AUGGGCAUCAGCAUCCACAGCAGCAGCAGCAAGAUUAUAUCAACAUCAACAGCAGCAGGAAUAGCAGCAUCAGCAUCAGCAGCAGCAUCAGCAGCAGGAUUAGCAGCAUCAGCAUCAGCAGCAGGAUUAGCAGCAUCAGCAGCAGGAUUAGCAGCAGCAUCAGCAGCAGGAUUAGCAGCAGCAUCAGCAGCAGGAUUAGCAGCAGCAGCAGCAGCAGCAGCAGCAGCAGCAGCAGCAGCAGCAGCAGCAAAGCCUUACUCAUUGGUAGAGUAG